CGAACGUUUAUUAUGCUCAGAAUUUCGCCAGCUGAUUUUCAUUUUUAAUUUUUAUACCACAGCACGUCGACGAACGAGGAUGCAAAUUCCGGCAAAUUCUAUAGCAAUCAAAACUUGAUUUAAUUCGGUCUACGCCCCAAAACCGAUAUAAUAUCUUAAAAGUUGGAAAAUCAGAGAAAAUAAUAUGAUGUCAAUUCGGCCAUUACGAACCAGCAGCACUUGCAGAAGCUUUAUGCACAUCUUCGAAAAAAUAAGCCCUUCAACUUCAAAAUUUUACUGCACGAGGAAAGAUGAAAAUCCUGAAGAACAAACGAAACAAACUACAAAAACCAAAUCACCUAUUGAUAACCAUUAUUACAAAUGGAGAAAACCGUGGAUGGAACAUGAUGGAUAUGUUGCUAGCAAAUUGGAACUGUUUGUGCCAUCUUCCUCAGGACAAAGUAUGAAUUUCCUGAAAAUCAUGCAACAAAAGUAUGAUUUCAGUCCUAAGGGCUUUGCAAACUGGUUUGCAAAAGUAAAACUAAGCAGGGAUUUGUAUAAGCAGAGGUACAUACCGGAGAGACACAAAUUCCUUGGACCCAAUUUGGCCACAGCGCACUUUGUUGUCUUUCGAGGUGGUGCUGUGCGUUUUCAAAAUGGCACCAAGUGGAUAAAAGAAGAUGAAGAUGGGAAUUCUGACCUACCAACCACCUUUGUAAAAGAUUUGCAUUUGGAUGCUUUGGAUGCAUCGAACAUCAAUUUUAUGUACGAGGCACUGGAAAACUUUGUAUUUUUAGACAAAUUACGGUGGGCUAGUUUUGCAAACAAUGAAUGGGUUGAUGACUGGUUUCUGGAUAAAAUAAGUGGCGAAUUUAAGGCACUCGAGUACUUGAACAUAAGUGGUUGUCCAAAAGUAACUCACAAAGGAAUAUCAAUCCUGGUCAGAUUUGAAAAUCUUAAAGUUCUCAACCUGCAAAAUGUAUUAUUGACAGCUGAAUCUAAACUAGCAUGUUUAUCAAUGCAAGAACUGAAACCCCACCUUAAAAUACACGGUGUAGAUUAUGAUACUGCCAAAGACACUGAAGACAGAAGUGUUGCUUAAGCAAUAGUUGCCCAUAUAAUUUAAGUAGAAAAUUAUGAAGGCUGUUUCACGAAUUUGUUGAUUAAUAUAUAUCAAUUGGGAAAUACAAUAAAAUUGAAAUGGUCUUUUUUUAUUUAUUUAUUUAUUUCUAGAAGUAAUAAAAUGAUAAGAUUUCCGAUUUCCAGCAGUCAGCAAAAAUAAUGGCUAGUUAUUAAAACCAAAAUUGAGUACAGAUUGUUCAACCGACUGACUUUGUUUUUAAUCUGAUCUGUUUAUGGAAAUUAAAGAGUAGCCCACGGUACUCUGCUAAAACAAUAAAUACAAACAUCGUAAUGUA